AUGGCCCGAAACAUUCUGGAUAGCAUACAAUUUACUCAAAAUUACAAGGAUCAGAUUAAGAAAGAGGAAGAUGCAAUCUACAAGUUCUUUGUCAAACACAAGGAUACUUACUGUUCACCAGACAGUGUGGGUACGGCCUCCCAAGUACUUCGUCAAAAGUUGGAAAUGAAUAGUCUUAAACAUGAGAACUGUGUAGCGGUAUUAAAAGCUGCAGAGGAAAGAAGAGAAAAAGAAAAAGCAGAGUAUGAAAAGCGAAUGAAGGAGAUUGAAAGAAAUGGGUUGGAUCUUGAAAGUUCUUCAUCAGUGGCAAUAAUGCGACCAGUAACGCCAGAAGUGAAAGCGACAUUAUACGAAGGAAUUUCAGCUGAAGAUGGGGGAAGGUUAGUGUCCCUUGUAGUUAGAAGUCUUAACCUAAUGACCGUUGUAGUUUAG